UGAUAUAUAAGCCUUCCAGGACACUGGAGAAACUCAUCUAUCCUCUUACGGUGAUGGCCAUGGAGUGGAAAACACUUCCCAUUUCCCUGCUGCUGCUGCUUUCUGUUGUCCUGAUUCAGCACGUUUCUUCUCAAGAUUUAUCAAGCUGUGCAGGGAGAUGUGGGGAAGGGUAUUCUAGAGAUGCACCCUGCAACUGUGACUAUAACUGUCAACACUACAUGGAGUGCUGCCCCGAUUUCAAGAGAGUCUGCACUGUGGAGCUCUCCUGCAAAGGCCGCUGCUUCGAGUCCUUUGAAAGAGGAAGGGAGUGUGACUGUGACGCCCAGUGCAAGAAGUAUGGCAAGUGCUGCUCGGAUUACAGCGCCUUCUGCGAGGAAGUGCAUAACCCCACAUCACCACCAUCUUCAAAGACUGCACCUCCACCUGCAAGACCUGAGCCCACCAAAUCAACCACCAAACGUUCACCCAAAUCAACAAACAAGAAGAAGAAUAAGAAAGUUAUAGCAUCAGAGGAAAUAACAGAAGAACAUUCUAUUUCUGAAAAUCAAGAGUCUUCCUCCUCUUCUUCCUCUUCCUCUUCAAGUAUUCGGAAAGUCAAGUCUUCCAAAAAUUCAGCUAAUAAAGGAUUAAAGAAGAAACCCAAAGUAAAAAAUAACAACAAGAAACAAACUCCUAAAAAGAAACCUGCCCCGGAACCAUCAGAUGAAACCGGAAGUGGAGCAGACAAUGGCGAUCCGAAGCCCACACCAACUCCUCAAAAGUCUACCACCCAAAGUAGUCAAGUUACCACAACUUCCAAGGUCACAACAGUGAAAACAACAAGUCCUAAACCCAGUCCAUCGCCUAGUUCUGAAACAUCCAAAGAAGCAUCUUUGACAGUCAAUAAGGAGACAAAAGUUGAAACUAAAGAGACUUCUAAAACAACUAAAGAGACAGCAGCUAGUGUAUCAAAGAAAUCGACUUCAGGUAAAGAGACACGAAAUGCAGAAAAAACAUCUGAUAAAGAUUUGGAAACCACAUCAGUUUCUGCUAAAUCUACAACCGAAGCUGAAACUACAACCAAAUCUCUUACCACCACCACCACCACCACCAAGGAGCCUACAACCACCCCCAAGAAGCCUGCACCCACCACCCCCAAGGAGCCUACAACCACCCCCAAGAAGCCUGCACCCACCACCCCCAAGGAGCCUACAACCACCCCCAAGAAGCCUGCACCCACCACCCCCAAGGAGCCCGCUCCCACCACCCCCAAGGAGCCCGCUCCCACCACCCCCAAGGAGCCCGCACCCACCACCCCCAAGGAGCCCGCUCCCACCACCCCCAAGGAGCCCGCUCCCACCCCCCCCAAGGAGCCCGCUCCCACCACCCCCAAGGAGCCUGCACCCACCCCCCCCAAGGAGCCCGCUCCCACCACCCCCAAGGAGCCCGCUCCCACCACCCCCAAGGAGCCCGCACCCACUCCCCCCAAGGAGCCCGCACCCACCACCCCCAAGGAGCCCGCACCCACCACCCCCAAGGAGCCCGCUCCCACCCCCUCCAAGGAGCCUGCUCCAACUACAGAGGACUAUACUCCAGCUACCACCAUGGAGCCUCCCACUCCUCCCACAAACCCCGCUGAUUCAUCUCCUGACUUUCCUGUGGAACCCACAUCAAAGGCUCUUGAAAACAGUCCUAAGGAGCCUGCUCUACCUACAACCAAGGCUCCUGAAGGGACCCAACCUGAAAUAACUACCACAGCAAAGGAUAAGACAACAGAAAAAGGCAUGCAUACCACAACUGAAAUUACAACAGCUACAUCUAAGAGUACGACGAAAGAGACAGCAACUCCAACAGAAGACAAGACCACUGAAUCCAUACAGGUGACAUCCACCACAACCAAGGAUACCACAGCAGCGUCCAAAGUUACUCCCAAAGUGAUGGCUGCAACAAAAAAGACUACAACUGAAGAGACUGUGAAUACAUCUAAAGAAACAACUGUAUCAGAAGAUACAGCUAUCAAAGGGAUGACUCCUAAACCCCCAAAGCCAACUAAAGCACCCCAAAUGUCCACAUCUACCAAAAAGCCAAACACAACACCUAAAGUGAGAAAACCAAAGCCUACACCAUCUCCUCCAAAGACGACCCCAUCAACAGUGCCUACAGUGAACCCUGCCUCUUCGGGGGAGGACGUGCUCCAAACCACCGCCAGCCCUAACCACGACCCUAACUCGGAAGCGGCUGAAGAAAAGCCGGAGAACGAAGACGCCAACGCCGCCGGAGAACAGCCUCGCGUGAUCCUCAGGCCCCCUGCACUCACGCCUCUCCUCGUUCCAGGCACUGACAUCGUAGUGAGAGGACCCGGGCCAGACACUGGCGUCCACCCCAUGCUUUCAGAUGAGACUGACUUAUGCAAUGGUAAAUCGGUAGACGGACUGACUACCCUGGCCAAUGGGACAUUGGUUGCAUUUCGAGGUCAUUAUUUCUGGAUGCUAAAUCCACAAAGUCCACCAUCUCCUCCUCGGAGAAUUACUGAAGUUUGGGGUAUUCCCUCCCCCAUCGAUACUGUUUUUACUAGGUGCAACUGUGAAGGAAAAACUUUCUUCUUUAAGGAUUCUCAGUACUGGCGUUUCACCAAUGAUGUAAAAGAUCCUGGGUACCCCAAACAAAUUGUAAAGGGAUUUGGAGGACUAAAUGGAAAAAUAGUGGCAGCUCUUUCAGUACCUAAAUAUAAGGAGAGACCUGAAUCUGUGUAUUUUUUCAAGAGAGGCGGCAGAAUUCAGCAGUACACUUACAGACAGGAGCCCACCAGAAAGUGCACCAGAAGCCGCCCUGCUCUGCACUACCCAGUGUAUGCGGAAACCGCGCAGGUCAGGAGACGUCGCUUUGAACGGGCUAUCGAGCUGCAGCCACACACCAUCAGAAUUCACUACUCGCCACCCGUCAGAGUCGUUUACCAAGACAAAGGCUUCCUCCACAACGAAGUCCAAGUGAGUGCGAUGUGGAGAGGACUUCCCAACGUGGUCACUUCAGCGAUAUCACUGCCCAACGUCAGAAGACCCGACGGCUACGAUUACUAUGCCUUUUCUAGGGGUCAACCCUAUAACAUCGAUGUGCCUAGCAGAACAGCAAGAGCCAUUACAACUCGUUCUGGGCAGACCUUAUCCAAGGCCUGGUACAAAUGUCCUUAG